AUGUCUCUCAACUCAGGUGACAGCUUCCCCGACAACGUCGUCUUCCAGUACAUCCCAUGGAGCGAGGAGAGCGAUGAGAUCACCUCCUGCGGCAUCCCCAUCAACUACAAUGCCUCCCAAAAGUGGGCCGACAAGAAGGUCGUUCUGUUCUCUGUUCCCGGCGCUUUCACCCCCACCUGCUCCGUGAACCACGUCCCCGGAUACAUCAACAACCUGCCCAAGCUCCGCGAGAAGGGCGUCGAUAUCGUCGCCGUCCUGGCCUUCAACGAUCCCUUCGUUAUGAGCGCUUGGGGCAAGGCAAACCGCCUUUUCCUCUCCGACCCCGAUGCCAAGUUCUCCAAGAGCAUUGGCUGGGCCGAUGAGGCUUCCGGUCGCACUGGCCGAUACGCGAUUGUCAUUGACCAUGGCAAGGUCCGCUACGCUCAGAUCGAGACCGAGAAGGGCGCUGUCAAGCGCACCGGAUGUGCCCGGAAGAAGCUCGAAGCGAGAGAAUUCACAGCGCCCGUUCGAUAG